CGUUUGCUCGUCCUUGGUUAUUUUCGCCGUUCUUCGUCGUCCUCUGUCCCCGUCGUCAUGGUCUCCGCCGCUGAGCUUCAGGCCCUGCACCAGCAGCAGCAGCAGCAGCAGCAGCAGGGCAGCUCUGCUGGCCCUACCUCGGACCCCUUUCCGUCCUUGGGAGGUGAUCCCUUUCCUGCUCCUGUGAGCUCUGGUGAUCCCUUUCCGGCUACCAUCGGCUCCUCGGCCGCUGUUGCCCCCAAGGCCAAGGUCUCUUCUGGCGUCAAUGGCAGCAGCCAACCGGACUUCUCUUCGCAAUCGGCUUUUCCCUCGCUUGGCGCCAGCGUUCCUGCAGCCAAGGGUCAGUGGAGCAAGAAACUGUCCGAAGGCGCCUCCAAUGGUGCUGCCGGUCGUGCUGCUGCUGCCCCCGGUUCGGCUUCCAACUGGUCUGGCUCGGCCCCUGUCAUUCAGCGUGCUAUUCACCAGGAGGUCUUCUCGCUCCCUGCCUCGGACGAGCUGCAGUCCCGACUGAGCCAGAUCAUGGGCCGCGUCCAGACCAAGCACCGGUCCGUCAAGAUUGAAGCUUCCACGACUCGCAAGACUGCGACGACGACAUUCGUCGUCAAGGGCCCCAACGAGGCUGCCGUCAAGUCAGCCCGCAAGGAGCUCACCGUCGGUCUUGCUCGCAACGUCUCGCUUACCGUCAUGAUUCCUUCGUCGCUCCGGGCCUUUGUCAUUGGCGCCAAAGGAAAGAAUCUCAAGAACAUCACCGAACAGACUGGCGUUCGCAUCAACAUUCCUCGUCAGGAGGGCGCUGCCGACGCUGAGACUAAUGGACACGCCAAGGCUCACCCUCAUGGCGAGACCGACUACGACAACGAUGAGCAGAUCUCUGUCACCAUCGACGGCGACGAGGUCAAUGCUCGUGAGGCUGCGUCGAUGAUCUCUGCACUCGUGGCUGAGAGAACCUCCAGGACGACGCAGCGUCUCACCCACAUCGAACACAUCUUCUACCCAUUCAUUGCUGGCGCAAAGGGGGCCAACUCGACCCGCCUCGAGACUGAAGUCGGACAGGGCGACGUUAGCGUCAGGAUCCCUCCCCGAGCCGCGUUCCUGCCCCCUCGAGAGGAGGAAGAGAAGGGCGAAGCAAAGCGCGAGCGUGACUUGAGCAUCAUUGUCAGCGGCGACCGCGACCUGGUUGCCCGCGUCGUGCAGGCCAUCGAUGCCGAAGUCGAUGAGAUGAAGAGCUCAUUCCGGACGCUGCAGAUCAGCAUCCCAAAGAGGCAGCAUCGCUUCCUCGUUGGCGAUGCAGCCCAGGAGAUUCUGGGUGCGACGUCCUGCAGCGUCGAGCUGGCCGCCAUCGACGAUCCGUCGGACAGUGUCACGAUCCGUGGACCGCAAGCCAAGCUGCCUCUGGCCCUCACUGCGGCCAUGGACAAGGCCAAUGCCGUUCGCGUCGAAGUCGUCGAUGUGGUGGCUCCUCACCGAUCGUCGGGUGCCAAUGCACUGGACCACGCCAAGCUGCUCCUCAGGUGGAUCAACCUCAGCGGCAAGCUGCCCAAGGCUCCCCAGGUCCAGAUCUACCUUCCUCGACCGGCCAUCGUUGAGUCCACGGGCCUGGCCCAGAUCGAGAUUGUGGGCGCAGACGCCUCGGCCGUCGCCGGAGCACGCGCGCAGCUCGACGCUCUGAUCAAGAGCAUCCCUCCCAGCUUUGUUCAGACGAUGGACAUCGACCCCCUCCUCCACCGUCUGAUUAUUGGCAAGAAGGGCGCCAACCUGCAGCAGUAUGCAAAGAAGGGCGUCGACGUCAUCUUUCCUCCCGCGCCCACUGGCGAUGCCGCGGGUGAGGGUCGUUCGGACGUUGCUCUGAUCUUGUCGGACCCCAGUGUCAUCAAUGCGCUCCCCAAGGAGAAGAAGGCUCGUGACGCAGAGGCCACCAAGAUUCUCGACGAGGUCCGCACGGACAUUGAAAAGGCUGGUGUACAGGCUGCCGACAUGCGCACAGAGACUCUCAAGGUGCCUGCCAAGCUGCACCGCGCCAUCUUGGGAACGGGGGGCACAACCCUCAAUGCCAUCAUCGGCGAGGAGCGCCUCGUCGCCGUCAGGCUUGGGUCCAGCUCGAACAAGGGCCCCGCUAUGGACGAGGACUCCAUUACCGUGAGAGGACCCAGCAACGAAGUGGAGAGAGUGGCCAACGAGCUCCGCAAGGUGGCGCUGGACGCUGAGCAGGACGCCAUCGUCAACGGCCACACUGUCCAGUUCAUGCUCGACUCGGCCCACAUCCCUCACAUUGUUGGCCGCGGCGGCAGCGGAGCAAGCAAGUUGCGCGAGGAACUUGGCGUUCGCAUCGACUUCGGAGACCAGGCUACUGAGGGCGCCAAGAAGCCCUCCAAGGUCAAUGUCGUCAUCGUCGGACGCAAAGAGAAUGCAGAAGAAGCGCAGAAGCGGAUCCUGAACCAGGCCGAGAAGCUGGCCGACGAGACUCAGGUCACGCUCAAGGUGCCUGCCAACCUGCAUGGCUCCAUCAUUGGCCAGGGCGGAAAGUACGUCACGAGGCUGCAGGACAAUUACGGCGUGAGGAUCAACUUCCCCAGCCAGUCUGCCAACGGCGAGGCAAAGCAAAAGGCCGACGAAGUCAUCCUCAAGGGUGGCAAGAAGGGCGUGGAGGCGGCCAAAGCCGAGCUGCUGGAGCUCAUCGAGUACGAAAAGGAGCACAACAACGUGGUCCUCGUCCCUGUCUCGACGAAGAGCAUUGCGAGGAUCAUGGGCAAGGGUGGCGCCAACGUCAACCGGAUCCGCGACGAGACGGAGGCUCAGGUCGACGUCGACAAGGAGAGCGAAGGUGCCGAGACGACGACGAUCAAGCUGCGCGGGACAAAGAAGGCCAUUGCCGCUGCCAAGGCUGAGAUCCUGGCCGUGGCGGCCGAAGUCGAUGCUGAGGCUUCCUUCACCUUGACUAUUCCUGCCAAGUUCCACGCCCAGCUCAUUGGACCCCAGGGCUCCAACCUGCGCGACAUUAUCACGCGUGCUGGCGGCCCCGAAGACGGACGAAGCGCCACGCAGCUGGUGCAGUUCCCAAGGAGGGGAGAUGCGUCCAAUGAUACCGUCACCGUCCGAGGGCCGUCUGCACUGGCCUCGAAAGUCAAGCAGGAGCUCGAGACUGCAGCCAACGAGCUUAGCAGCCGCAUCGUCAUUGGUGUCGUCGUGGCUCAGUCUUCGCAGCGGUCGCUCAUGGGCCGCAUUCGCGAGCUGCAGGCUUCGAGCAACGCUCGCAUUGUUGUCCCAGGCUGGCGAGAGUACAACGAGCUCGAGAUUUCAAAUGCAUCUGAACUCAGCAACGCGGCACCGUCCACGAUUGUCAAGAUUCAGGGCAAGAAAGACGUCUGCGAGGCCCUGGCGAGAGAGAUUUCCGAAGCCUUUGCAUCCAACUCCAAGACGAUCGAGGUACCGAGAGCCGUGGCGGCGAAGCUUGGUACACCUCUCUUGUUCCGCCAGCUGCGCACAGAAAUGGGCGUUUCUGUCGAUGCUCCCAAGUCCAGCGGGGCUAGCAAGGCAAACGGAGCAGGCAGCCGGCCAAGCGUGCUAGCGGACAGUGCACGCAUCGACGCAGCGGAAGACGACGACGAGGCGCUUCCCUUUGAGCUGUCCAAGAUUGAGGCCCUGAACGAUGAGGGGGCCGACAACGUCAAGUGGGUCCUGACGGCCAAGACGGAGUCGGCACUGGACGAGGCGGCCAAGCACAUCGCCGACGAGAUUGCCAAAUACGGCCAGAUGACACACGAGGGAAGGCUCUUUGUUGACCCGUCUGCUGUGCCGCGGAUUGUGGGCAGGGGAGGGCAGGGCCUUCGAGACCACGAGAACGCUUCGGGAGCCAGCAUCGAGAUUCCGAGGGACGGCAAUGGCCUCGUUGUAAUCACUGGCACGGAGAAGGCCGUGCUUGAUGCAAGGCAACGCAUCCAAAAGGUCGCCCAGGGUGGCGGAAGGAGGGAUUAGUUAUCUACACUAUCAUCACUUGUUCUAUGAACGAAAAAGAAAAAGGGGGAAAGGAGCGCUUUUCUUCCCUGUCAUGGUCUCUUGCUCAUCAAUCUAUCGAAUUUCAUCAUUAUGGG